CGAUUAGUAUAUAAGCCGUCGGCGGCCAAGCAGGAGCAUCGAGUUCACUCAUCCUCAUCUCAUACAAACAGUGAAGUGAAAUAUGAAUUCUAUCAUUUAUUCAGCUGUCUUCGCCAUUUUGGCGGUCAACGCCUCGCUCGUCCUCGGCUGGGGUUACAGAGCUUCUGACCAGAGACGAUGGGCUGUGCUGCACCCCGCUUGCGGCGGCAGGCAACAGUCGCCCAUUGCCAUCUCCGCCCGCCAAGCCAUUCCCAUCUCCAUCCCAGCUAUGGAACUCAUCGGCUACCAGAAUCCUCUGCCUGGGCCGCUCACUAUAACCAACAACGGUCAUUCUGUGGCGCUAACCAUCCCGAAAUACAGUUCUGAAGAAGAAAAGAAAGGUUUCCGUCUGCCAUACAUCUUCGGAGGUCCCCUCGAUACAGAAUACGAAAUCGAAGGUCUCCACUUCCACUGGGGCGACAAGAACAACCGCGGUUCCGAGCACACCCUCAACGAUAUGCGCCUGCCUCUCGAGAUGCAUAUCAUCCACAGGAACAAGAAAUACAGGAACCUCGCUGAAGCUCUCCAGCACCCCGAUGGUCUUUGCGUCCUUGCCUUCUUCUACCAGGUUGUGGAAUUCGACGCCAAGCUGCUGACUCCCAUCGUCAAGAACCUGUCCGCCAUCGAGAACUACAACACCAGCAUGCAGCUGCCCCAUACCUUCUCCCUGUCUUCCAUCCUGUCUGGUCUGGACACCGAGCGUUUCUACACCUACAAGGGAUCCCUCACCACCCCUCCCUGCGCUGAGGCCGUCACGUGGGUUGUCUUCUCUGACUACCUCCCGAUUUCUGUCUUCCAGAUGGACAACUUCCGCGGCCUCCUGUCCAACCUGAACCUGCCUCUCGUGGACAACUUCAGGCAACUGCAGCCACUCUUCGGUCGGCGCAUCUUUGUCCGCAUCACCUCCAAGAACCCCAAGUUCAAGAAGACCAAGCUCCACUACUCCAAAUGGGACUGGGUCGGACACAAGAAGACCGAAAACGACGUCGCCGAAUUCGACGAGUAAACGCACCUAAACUAACACAUUACUUAAUUCUAAGCUACGGGUAUAUCUCUAAUCUCACUGUCGAUACCAAAUACCGAUUUGUUACCUGAUAACUGUUCUACUCAUAGGUUGUGUGCACAAAAUAUUGUUUGUAUUAUAUUUUCUGUGUGUAUAGCAUAAGUAUUAUUAUGUAAGUUUGUUAAUGAUAUUUGAAAAUAAAUAAACAUUUGAAUAUAA